AUGCCUAACAGCAGCGUAACUCAGCAGAACCAUUCCUCCAGUGAGAUGCUGCCGGACACCUCAGAGAGACUCCGCACAGUUCUCAUAGUCCUGUACAUCAUCGACUUGGCUGGUGGCACCCUCGGGGUCAUCAUGAUGUCCCAUCAGUUGUUUCAAAGGAGAUCACAAUCUGUGAUGACUAUUAUCAUCAUCAACCUCCUGGUGCUGCACACCUUUAUGCUCCUCAGCAUCCCCUUCUGCCUUAGCUAUUACAUUUUAUGGGAAUGGAAAGUUGGGAUGUUUCCCUGCAAGCUAGCAAGAGCCAUCAUCUCCCUCCACAUGUACACGACCUUUGCAUUUUACAUGGCUAUCAUCAUAAUUCACCUCUUCCGGCUCGAGUUGAACAAGUGCUACACUGCAACCUGGGUGGCUACCAUCUGGCUGGUGGGAGUGCUGGUCGUCACACCUGUUUUCCUCUUGUACUAUGACACCGCUGAGAUACACCACAGCUCCAAAUGUUUUCAGUUCCAGAAGGAAAUACGAGAGGUGACCAUGGUGAUAGUAAACUACUGCUUGGUUGGGACUCUGGUGGCCAUUUGUGCUGUGCUCACCGUUAUCGAGUUGUCUGUGAUCUGUAGACUGGCUGCGAAAUACUGGCCUGACAUCAACUCCCAUGUGGAAUUCAGGGCUCAGGCACUGAGUUUCUUCUUCAUCUUAGUAACAUUAGUGUGCUUUAUGCCUCAUUAUGUAUUCAGAGUAUAUUACAUCCAAAACGGCCACCUGGAUAAAGACCAUAAACUACUUCUAUACAACGAAAUUUUUUUAGCUUUAACAGCAAUGUGCUGCUUGGAUAUGUUGUGCUUCAUAGCAGGAAUUGCCCGCUAA